GAUAUAUUCCGUGGCUUUGCGGUGGUUUUUGUCCUUCGUUUCUUGCGCGUUUGUGAUAAAAUAGCAUGACUCUUCACAAGGGCAAGGCCGCUUAUCUAACAACUAAGCUAGGAUAACGUUAGCAUGCGAUUCUGCUUAACCUACAGCUGUCAAAUGUGUACAUCAGUUAUAAAUAUUUAUCUGACAGACUUGGAGCGAUGUGAGUUUAAGCUCAUCGCUUUAAAAAAAUGGUGAGGGGUCUGCAUCAGUCUACUGUACGUACUGGAGCAGGUGGCAUCUUUGUGCACCGGGACACAGCGAACAACAACCCUGACAUGCCGUUUGAAUUCACAGAGGAGAACAAAAAGAGAAUUGAAGCCAUCAUUUCAAUGUACCCUGUUGGCCACAAGCAAGCAGCGACCAUCCCUGUGUUGGACUUAGCCCAGAGACAACAUGGAUGGCUUCCCAUUUCGGUCAUGAACAAGGUCGCCGAGGUGCUGGAGAUUGCUCCCAUGAGGGUGUAUGAGGUAGCAACCUUCUACACCAUGUUCCUGCGCCAGCCCGUGGGGAAGUACUUCAUUCAGAUCUGCACGACCACGCCGUGCAUGCUGUGCAACUCGGACAGCAUACUGGAGGCCAUCCAAAACAAACUGGGUAUCAAGGUUGGAGAGACAACUGCUGACAAGAUGUUCACUCUAAUAGAAGUGGAAUGCCUCGGUGCCUGUGUGAACGCACCAAUGGUGCAGAUCAAUGACAACUACUAUGAGGACCUCACUCCAGAGGAUAUAGGGCAGAUUAUAGAUGAGCUUAAAGCCGGCAGAGUCCCACCACCAGGGCCGAGAAGUGGCCGUUUCUCCUGCGAGCCUGCAGGUGGACUGACCUCCUUGACAGAACCUCCUAAAGGACCUGGUUUUGGUGUGAGACCCGACCUGUAAACUCAAAAACCUGAUAACUGAUCAUGUGUAAAUAAAUGACUGUACUGUGCUGCUGUAGGUUUAUUAUUAAGACUCCUAAUUUGACUAAGAUCACUGGUUAAUAGCACCAUUUCUUAUCUAAUACCAAAUGCAACAAAAUACAAACAAAAAACAAAAUAAAGUCCACACUCCACACUUA